AUGCCAGAGCCACCCUCAACAGCGGCCAUCUCGACGGUAACCUCGACUGUGGCAUCAUCUUUGUCCUUAGCAAGAUUGAUUUCGGAUAUCAAGAACACUCCUGCCGACGUCAAAACAUGUUUCAAUCUGACUCAUCGUAUCGAAGCCGAUUUGCAAACCCUUGUCAAUCUCCGCGCGAGAUAUGAAAUGUAUCCCCUGACCGUCCCCGAGACCCUGAAGCGCCUUGAUGACAUCGUCUACGACCCCAAGGACGGUAUCUUGAAUGUUUCCAGGCUUCCCGAAGGCUAUCGAGAAGAUGUAUGA